AUGUCCACCCAAGAGCAACCAAACACGGCGACAGCCCAUCUCGACCUCGGCAUUACUCUCGCCAUCCACUCCUGGCCGGCCCUCACCCUUGCCGUGCAAUCAAACUGGGGCGGCCCGACAAGCGCCGACAAACGCGACUGGCUCUGCGGCGCGAUCAGCGAGAUGCUAGCCGAGCGGCCGGAGACCGACGCGGAGGAUCUGGAGGACGUGCUGGUGCAGGUGAUGAACGACGAGUUUGACGUGGUGGUGGAGGACGAGAGCGCGGCGCCUGUUGCGGCGCGCAUUAUGGAAAUGAAGGGGGCUGUGGAGCGCGGCGAGACGGAGGGGAUUAAGGAGAUGUGGGCUGAGUGGGAGAAGAAGGCCGCGAGUAAGGCGGAUGUUGUGGCGGGGUUUAAGAGAGGGGAGGAUGAGGAGGGGGAGACGGAUGAUGAGGAGGAUGAGGAGGAUGAUGUUGAUAUGGGGGAUGCGCCGCAGUUGGUGAGGGCGCCGAGGGAGAGGGUUGAGCCGGAGGUUGAUGAGGAUGGGUUUACGAAGGUUGUGGGGAAGGGGAAGCGGUGA